CUACAAUGCAGCGCCUUCCACUGGCAACGCUCAAAACACUUGCUAGCUCAACGACGAGCAGCAGUCUCCGACCUACUUCUCGAAUCUUCACCAACCAUUCCCUUGGAACGUCAACGAAAAGUUUCAGUACCUUCCGACCGGGCAAUGGAGGAGUUUUGAACGCGUUGAGGGAGCAAAGGGCAAAGUGGGGAGCCGCUACGGGUAUUGUGACGAGGGCUGCUAGGAGAGGCUUCCAGACGGAUACGCAGCCUAUUGUUCAGAAAACAGAGUUUUCAUGGCAGAGGUUCGCUGUGACUGCUGCUGGUGUCGCUGGAACUGCCGUCGUUGUCAACGCAAUCUUCAAUCGGGAGACGAGAGAUGCACUCAGCGCCGGUGAACGGGAAUAUCUGAACUCCAGUUUCAAGUAUACGGGAGCCGGUGUCCUGCUUACCGCUGCUGCUGCUCGUGCUAUGUUCCGAGGAGGUUUCACUUUCAGGCUGAUGGCUGCUAACCCAUGGGUCGUCCUUGGUGUUAGCUUGGUUGGCAGUAUCGGUACCAUGAUGGGCGUCUACUACACCCCUCCUGAGAAGACGGUUCAAAAACACUUGCUUUGGCUGGCUUUCAACGGAUUCCAAGCAGCAACGCUCAGCCCACUGUUUUUCUUCAGCCCUGCCAUCCUUUCCCGUGCAGCGCUGUACACAGUGGGUGUCAUUGGAUCCCUGUCAUACAUCGGUGCCACAGCCAAGUCGGAUAAAUACCUGUACCUCGGUGGACCUCUCCUUGCUGGUGUGACCGUCGUCGCAUUGAGCUCUCUUGCCCCUAUGGUCUUGCCUCUGGGCCUCCGUGGUCUGGCUAUCAGCGAGGCUAUCUCCCUUUACGGUGGUUUGGCUGUGUUCGGUGGUUUCGUGCUCUAUGACACUCAAAAGAUUCUGCAUCAUGCUCGAUUGGUCGAGAGGGGCGCCAUGAAGAGUGACCCAAUCAAGGAGUCCAUCGCUCUCGAAUUGGACUUCAUUAACAUCUUCAUCCGACUUGUCCAAAUCCUCGCGAUGCAGGGCAACAGGAAGAAGUAAUCGCUUUACCUCCAUGAUUUACCAUCCAGCAUGCCACUCGACCAUCUCAAUCUUUAGUGUAGCAUAAAAGCAUUAUAUGUAUCCAUUGCCAAGUCCACCUUUACUACUAAUCUAUACCGAACCAGAUUUGCCCAA